AUGCCUAGAAUCACCGCUCCCGUCUCAAAGCUCACUCGUUCUCUGGCCGAGUCUCAACGCCAUGCCGGUAUCGCUCUCAUGCCCAAGUAUGCCGAGCUCCUCGGAGCUUCUUCAGAGCAGUCCCAGCACUCUGAGUCCCGUGGUCUCAAGACUACCCACCGCCCUACUCCUCAGCCAUCUCUUUCUGGUCGCCGAAGACCAUUGAUGCAGAGCUUCCAUUCCUCAACACCUUCUCGUGCUCCUGUCAACCAUGUCGACAGCACCGUCUUGCCCAAGAUUCAUGCUACUCCCAACUUCAACGAGUCUCUCCCUCGUAUGCCCCUUCUCCCUGACAACUAUGGCGCCUACCACAGCUCAAUGUCCGAUGCCGCCGACUUGUAUAGCAAGCGGCCCGUCAUCUUCGCUGUUGAUCCUGAUGUCGUCGUUCCCGGUGCUCCCAUGGCUACCAUGGAUGCUGUGAACAUGGACAGCAUUGACGUCAAGUUUGUUCAUGAGCAGCCUGCUCAAGAAACAAAGGCUGAUGACUCUGACCGAAGUACCUUUCUCAGAGAUGUCUUUGGCGGAAUGAUCCAGGAUAUUCUUCCUGGACGCACGCUCAGCAAAAACUAA